GACGAGGUGAGGGGGGACGGGUCACCCUGACCCACCACCCUGCACCAACAGCGAUUUUCCAGGAGGCGUGUAAGUCCGAGUGUUACUUCCUCAAUGGCACCGAGCGGGUCAGGUAUAUACAGAGGUUCAUCUACAACCGGGAGCAGUAUGUGCACUUCGACAGCGACGUGGGGCACUUCGUGGGGGAUAACCCCAUAGGCGAGUUCCAAGCCAAGCACUUCAACGACAAUUUGGAAAUCCUGGAGCAGAAACGGGCUGAGGUGGACACGUACUGCCGGCACAACUAUGGGGUGUCGACCCCUUUCCUCGUAAAUCGGAGAGUGACUCCGGAGGUCGAGAUCUUCCCGAUGCAGUCGAGCUCGGCGCCGCAGACCAACCGGUUG